CCCCCCUCUCGUCGUAGCCCUCCCUCUCCAAUAUUGCCACCGUGCUCAGAGUAUUGCCGCCUGACCUCCUUCUGCAGCGCCAGUCGCAGCACCUCCGUCGGGGCGCGUUCCGCAAUGGCCGCCGCCGCGCCUCCCCCGCACCACUCGGAGGAGUCGCCCCUCUUCUUCGUGCCGAAGAGGCUGGACCUCGAGGUGCGCUCUCGGGAUCGCGUCAGCGCGGCCGCCCCGAUGUUCUGGGACGUGCCGGGCGAGCACGGCAGCGGUCUCCUGGACGAGCUGGACUCGCUGGACUCGCUGGACGUGCCUGCGGCCUCCUGGACGUGCCUGCGGGAGGCGGCCGGGCUGGGCGAGAUGGAUUCGGACGCAUCCAGCACCGUGGAGGCCUGCACUCCAGAUGCCGCCGCCUUCUCGACGGAUGGCGAGUCGAAGGACGCCGAGGCCAACUCGCAGGAUGGCUGUGCGCACGACGGCUCGAACCAGAGCGCGGGCGUGCUCAUGGGGAUCUUCCUCGUUCCGUGUAUGCAGGAGGCCUGGGCUGGUGGCUCACCGCCGACGACGGGAUGGAGCUUGGGAAGCGAGCCCCGCCCCACCUCUCUGACGCUGGUGAACGUACCAGCACACUACACUGAGAAUAUGCUGAAGUGGACGCUCGACGCUUUGGGGUUGCUCUCGCGGUGCGACUUCGUGUACCUGCCGCGCGUGCAGGCGGUCGGAGACGCGCUGACCCUGAACAUGGGGCACGCCCUCCUGAACUUCGUCACUCCUGAUGACGCAGAUCUCGCACGCGAUCUCCUCUCUGGCCACGCUUGGGACAGCGGCCUAGGGCACGGAUGCAAGCAUACUCCAGCAGCGGUCGUGGACGCCGCGCCCCAGGGGUACCAGGACUGUACGAACUACGUCCAGUUCCUCACUUGGGGCUUGUCCAGCAACAACAGCAUGCUGGAUUGGCUGGACGUUCCCGCCCUCAGAACGGAUUCGCAGGUACUGCAAGUCGGUUGAGAUCCGCUUCGCUGAGCUCAUCUUCGCACGUGCUCAUGGAUCCCACCUGGCUCACAGGACCUUGGUCUGUAAGCUGCACUGUGUACGUAGCGCAGCAGAGAGGGUCAGGGGACCCACUCUCUGCCAAGGGAAUCAGUGACAGCCCGAGAGGGUGGUGCCCAUGGCCACAGCGAGGUGGGGCGAGCCAUGUUCGUGAGGGUGCGGAGGCAGGGCGCGGAAGGGCGACGACGGCGAUGGGGAGGCCUUGCCGAACAGCUGCGAAGGGGCACGGCAACGCACUCGUGUUGCCGUCGUGCUUGCCGGGGGCGGACGUCGGGGGCCCUCCUGCACCGUGAUCCUUUUCUUCGGCUGGCUUUAGGGCCCGCUCUGCCUGUGGCCGUGUGGGCUCUUGCGGCGCGGGCAGCUGGCUCGCAUGCUCGUGUGCGGGCGGGCGGGAAUAGCUCGUCCCCCCUCUCUUGUUCCUAUGCUUCUUCGCCUCCUUCUCCGCUCCUUCCUCCUUAUCCUCCUGUCCCCCCUCCUCGUCGUCCUCCUCCUUUCCCCCAUUCUCCUCGUUUCUUUUCCGAGCAGCUUGGAACGUGCGCAUACGGGGAGAAACGUGCAUGGCGUAGGCACAAGGAAAAGGACAGUUCACGGCGCGCGGGGCCUUCAAACACACCCUGCUGAACAGCCCCACUCGCGUGCACAAGAGCAUGGUCGUGGGUGCGAUGAAGCAUAGAAAUGGACUGGUGCGACGGGCAACGAACGUCGUUCAAGCUUUCUUUGAGCUGAUGGACACACCUGCAUCACAGCCGUGUGGACUCUCAUCAGCUCAGCAGUGCGCAACUAGGGCCACGUACCCGCCUGGUGAAGACCGCGCGUAGACAUCACCCCUCGGCACAACGCAGGUUGUGGAAAGAUUCAUCUCAACGCGCUGAUUUUUGCAGUGAUCUCUGGGUGCACUGAACCUGUGGAGCACGUUAGUGUACCCACGUGCUUGCAUUGGGAUGUCGCAGCCAGCUGGCGCUGCACGCCACGAGCCUCGAAGUGAACGAGGCCCCCAGCUUCGCAGAACAGCUGCCGCUGCGUCUCGACAGAACCAGGGCCAACGAACCAGAAGAAUGCUUCUGUCUUGCCUCGCUUGAAAUUAACGAGCUGUGCACACCUCAAGAACACGUCCUCGAAUAUUGUGGCCCUCAUCCUUCCUCUC